CGGAUGUUUGCGGGCCGGAUUAACCCCGGAAAUGCCGGGUGAAGCCGGUGGGAGCGACCGGAGCGCUGCAGCAACCGCCGCAACCGCCAUCCGGUGUCGACAACCACCGCCACUCGCAGCGGCGCCGGGCCCGCGCAGCUGAGUGCGGCAGCACCAGGGGCAGGCAGGGAGGCAGGCAGGGCGGCCGGGCUGGCGGGCGGCCUGCGCCCCGACCCGAUCCCCGUCUCCCCGUCUCCCCAAGCAGGGAUGUCGGCCGAGAUCAUCGAUGCCCCGCAGGCGUUGCAUUUCGAGGAGAUCGACUACAAUGAGAUCGAUGUGGAGGAGGUUGUUGGGAGAGGAGCCUUUGGAGUUGUUUGCAAAGCAAAAUGGCGUGGAAAAGAUGUAGCUAUAAAGCAAAUUGAAAGUGAAUCGGAGAGAAAAGCAUUCAUUGUGGAGCUUCGUCAACUGUCACGUGUGACGCACCCGAAUAUUGUGAAACUCUAUGGAGCCUGUUUAAAUCCAGUAUGCCUUGUUAUGGAAUAUGCAGAGGGAGGCUCUCUUUAUAAUGUGCUACAUGGAGCUGAGCCCUUACCGUAUUACACUGCUGCCCAUGCAAUGAAUUGGUGUUUGCAGUGUGCACAAGGAGUGGCUUACCUACACGGCAUGAAACCCAAGGCUUUAAUCCACAGGGACCUCAAACCACCAAACUUGCUGCUGGUUUCUGGUGGGACAGUUCUGAAGAUCUGUGACUUUGGCACGGCCUGUGAUAUUCAAACUCACAUGACCAACAACAAGGGAAGUGCUGCUUGGAUGGCUCCAGAAGUGUUUGAAGGAAGUAAUUAUAGUGAAAAGUGCGAUGUGUUCAGCUGGGGCAUUAUUCUAUGGGAAGUAAUAACUCGUCGAAAACCUUUUGAUGAGAUUGGAGGUCCUGCAUUUCGUAUCAUGUGGGCUGUCCAUAAUGGUACUCGACCACCUUUAAUCAAAAAUCUACCCAAACCAAUUGAGAGUUUAAUGACCCGAUGUUGGUCCAAAGAUCCUGCACAGCGUCCCUCAAUGGAAGAGAUAGUGAGGAUAAUGACUCAUUUAAUGAAGUAUUUCCCUGGAGCUGAAGAACCUCUUCAGUACCCAUGCCACUACUCCGAUGUGAGCCAGAGCAACUCUGCAACAAGCACAGGAUCUUUCUUGGAAAUUACCUCAACAAAUACCAGUAACAAGAGUGAUGCCAAUGUUGAACCUAGUGACUUGCAUGCAAAUGCUACCAAUGACACAAUCAAGCGUUUAGAAACAAAGCUGGCCCAGUCACUUAAACUCUCAUCCAAGCAAUCGGGCGACUCUGCAAGAUUAAAUCUGCCGCUGUCUCGAGGGAGCAGUGUGGAGAGCCUUUCUGGAGGGCGAACACAAUCUACUCAAGAGGGAAAGAGAUUGAGUGCUGACCUCAGCAAUUAUUCUGAAUUGGAGGCCAGAAUCAUGAAUGCUACUACAGCCCGUCCAAAGCCAAAACGAGGCCAUCGUAAAACUGCUUCAUUUGGUAACAUACUGGAUGUUCCGCAGAUCGUCAUAUCAGCAGGCAGUGAACAGCAAAGACGCAGGUCAAUUCAAGACUUGACAAUUGUUGGAACUGAAUCUAAUCAGGGCAGCAGAAAUAGCAGCCGUUCGUCUAGUCCGAGUGUGAGGAUGAUCACUGCCACGGGAACUCCUUCUGAGAAAACGACUCGCAACUAUCCAUGGACACCAGAUGAAUUAACAGAUACCAAUGGUUCUGAUAACUCUAUCCCAAUGGCAUAUCUUACACUGGAUCACCAGUUGCAGCCACUAGCUCCAUGCCCAAACUCCAAAGAAUCCAUGUCUGUAUUUGAGCAGCAUUGCAAAAUGGCUCAGGAAUACCUGAAAGUUCAAACUGAAAUAGCAUUAUUACUACAGAGAAAGCAAGAAUUAAUAGCAGAACUGGACCAGGACGAAAAAGAUCAACAGAAUACCUCCCGACUGGUUCAAGAACAUAAGAAGCUUUUGGAAGAAAACAAAAGUUUAUCUACGUACUAUCAAGAAUGUAAGAAGCGGCUAGAAUACAUAAGAGCCCAACAACAAAAGCGACAAGGCACGUCCUGAGGCAGUGGAAUAUGUGGGCGCUUGUACCUAUGCUACAUGCCCGGGACUAUUGCUUAGUCACACAAAGACUGAUUUUUUUGGGAGAUGACCUGUUAUGGAUAAUUUCAUUCAGUGUUCGGGCCUCUCUGUUGUGUUCUGGAAGUGGAUUUCUGUGCAUCUCCAUUGCAGCCUUGUACAUCAGACAAACGUUGUCUUUAGUUGAUUUUUUUUUUUUAAAUAGGUUAGUAUUUAAUUUCAUUCCAUGCAUAUUUUAGAUCAAUCACCAGUUAGAUAUGAGAUGUUUUAGAUAAAAUUGUGGCAAUAAAUUAUUUGUAAGAAACUGCAAUUCAGUUCAGAUGUUACAAGAAGGGAAGGGAAUAUCUAAACCAAAACAAACUGAUUGUUAGGCCCCACUGAUCAUUCUUGCAUGUUAUGGACUUUAUUGCUCAUAAUGCUGGAUGCUAAUGUGCCUUGGAGGCCAGCAGUAUUUUCCUUUGGUCACCGUAUAUUAACUAUAAUGUUCUUUAAUUGGGACAGAUCUGCAGUAAUGGUAGCUGUCCACAGCUCUAUGCUAAUUAAAAAAAAAGAUCCUAUGGCUGGAUGUUUUGGAAAGUUCGGAUACCAUCCAGCAGUAUUAAUCUCAGAGGCAUCUGUAAUGUGAAAUCAAAUAGAGUGCAUUGAGCAUACAUAUUCCAAACUCAUAUUGCACAGUUUGUCAAAGGAGAAACACUAUUUUUAAAAAAUAAAUUCCAGAAGUUUUUACAAAGCAGCAACUUGAUAGGAAUCUUCAAUACUGAUGCCACUGCAGUAACUUUUUUUUCUGACAUGGAUGGUAUGUGUUAAACAGCCUUGUGUUUUAAAUUUUAAAUAAUUAUAUAUCGAAAAUUAACUUGGACAUAACAGUUAUAUUAGAGAUAUAAAUCUGAAAUAACUAAAAGUCAUUUAAGAACAAAUCGGCUCAUCCAGAACACAGGGAACAGUAUUCACAAUGCACUCAAACCAAUAAUCUUUUAUUUUCUGUGAUGUGUUUCCUGGGAAUACUGGAUCACAGAACCAUCCUUGUAUGUUUUUAUUUUAUCCUACUCCAAAGUUAAACUCUAACAUUUAUCUGCAGCAGAAUUACAGAUUAGUCCAUGAGAUUACAGAUUUGUGCAUUGCCCUAAAUAAGCUGUUCUAAAGCUUUAUUUUAUGGUAUAAUUAGCUUCCACAAAAUAAUACCUCUGAAUUUUAGCAGAGUGGUAUUUUCUUUUGAUAAUCAGCUUUGAAAGUAUGUCCACAUAACAUAAUGGACCUUGAUUGAAGACACCAAGAUGGACAAAUUGCACUUUAUUUUUUUCUUAGCAUGGAGCAUGGAUGAGCUUGUGAGACAUGCAGCUGGGCCAGGUGGAGUUAACAGUACUGUAAUUGUUUACAUUCUCUAAAUUAGCAUUGGCAGAGGAUCCAGAAAGGAUUUAUUAAUGUGACAUUUGUGAAAUGUUGGUUGCUUUGGUAAAUUCAACCUGAGCAGAAUCUUGUGAUUAGCUGCGCAGCCAGAUAUUUGCUCACUCUUAUGGGAGAUAGGUCAUAAUAAUUCUGGAAGAGGCAACCACAAUUUCAAAGCAAGUAUUUUUGUUAGAGAUGGUAUCCUUUUUGAAGGAUGUACAUAAGCUGGAUUAAAACAAUCGGAUAAGAACUCUUUUGAGCAGUCUGUUUUACUUGUUUGGAUCAAAAGAGAGCUCAUGUCUUUUUGUUUAAACGUAUUCACUCCAGUGAAAGUAUAGUCAUUCAGUUAUAGUCAGCUGUCUUGUUCAACAGUUGAAUAAAACUUUAAGCCAUUGGACUGUUUUGAGGACUGCAGAAACAUAUCUGCAUCAAAAUAUGAGGAUGUUUUCUCAAGUUCAGUUAUUCCGGUAUGCUGUGAACAAACAAAAGUCUGUGGUUCUCUCUAUUUCUAUAUCUCACUAAAUUUUCAUUAAUGCGAGAAAUUAGUGUUUGCUGAUUUUAUAUGAAAAAAACCCAACAGAUUCUGUAAAACAACAACUGUAUAUACAUAUAUAUUUAUUUGAAAGAGUGGCUUAUUUUGAAUGUUUUUUUGGUAGGUUAAACUUCUUUUUCCUAGGAGGUUUAGGUUAAAUUGUAAUGUUCAUUGGUCAACUGAUUGGGGGAUACCAACUGUCAUAGGCAGUUGAAAUACCUCAACGGAGUUACAGUGGAGUCUGUUUUUAGGCUAUUUCUGCAGCCAUCUGUUAAAAUCCAAAACAAUAACCAAUCUUGUGUUAACAUGUACACUUUAGCAUGCUUUUUAAUUGCUGGAUUAGGUCCUUUCCCAGAGUCUUUAGAAAUGAUGAUUUUUCUCCUUGUAUAUCCUUCCACCUGGUUGUUUAUUUUUGCAGACACAUUCUUGCCACCUUUUUAAACUAAAAGCACUUCAUUUGUGGAAAGAUUAUCCAGGAUAGCAUGGUACCAUGCUGAAAAGACCUGAAACCUUUGGUCUUAUUUCCCUGACGUUCAGGGUUGCACUGGGGAUGCUAUAAUUGGCCUUCUUGAUCUGAGGCAAAGGAGAGAAAUCAUAUUCCUGCAGCCUGUGCAGGAAGAAAUAGAGUGUGUGGGUAUUGAGUGCGAAUGGGAUUCUGAUCAACAAUGCUGCCUUCCCACAUUUGGAUUGCUAACUCGCAGCCUAAGCUCUGACAUGAAGAAUGCCAAUUCAGGUUACUAUGUUAUGGACUAUUGGCAUUUCUAGAGCUGUAUACCAACAUUAAUAUAAUGUUACCAGAAAAAUAAGAUUGGUAUAUGGGAGGGGAAGGAAUAUGGGAGGCAAAAUGAGAGGGACUUCUUUAGAAAAUGGCUUUGUUUGAAAUGUGGGUUGUGUAUGCAUUUAGGGAUGAGGGUUGUGUUUUGAGACAUGCUGUUAUUGAAUCUAAAAGGUGAGUCCUUGGAGGACUGCAAUAGCAUUUACAAAGAAAAAUAAAGUCUAGAAGUUUUUCACUUA